UUCAGUUUGAAUUCGAACAAGUGAAAAGCGAAAAACCAAACCAAAGCAACUGUGUUAAGAGUGACAUUUUAAACAAAAUGGCUCUUCUACCGUACUUACACGACGAUUCCUACUGGCUACGACCAUCUAGGCUUCUCGACCAGCAAUUCGGGCACGCUCUAGACACGGACGACCUCCUCCAGCCCUUUUCGGGUCUGUUACGGUGUCCAGCGGGGUACCUGAGAAACUGGCGAUCCCUCGCAUCGGAGCAAGACGGUGGGUCUACCGUACACUUCAAGAAAGACAAGUUCGAGGCCAACCUAGACGUGCAGCAAUUCAAACCUGAGGAGAUCUCGGUGAAAGUGACCGGAGACAACACCAUCACCAUCGAGGGAAAGCACGAGGAGAAGGAGGACGAACACGGGCAGAUUUACAGGCAUUUCAUAAGACGUUACGUGCUGCCCAAGAACUGCGAUACGAGUAAGGUGGAGUCGAAGUUGUCCUCCGACGGCGUCUUGUCCAUCACCGCCCCCAGGGUGCAGGAUAAGCACGUUAAACAUAAGAGCAUACCCGUGACGCAAACCGGCAAACCCGUCAAGGCCAUCAAGGGGAAGAAGAAGUGCGAGGCGUGCGAAGGGGACAAGAAAUGCGAGAAUAAAAAGUGCCCUGCUAAAAAGUAAUAAAAAAAAAUGUGUCGUAUUUCUACUUCCUUGUAGAACGUUAAUUUUGUCUCCACUAAGAAAGCACCAAAGUAUUUGUAAAUGUGUCUGGUACAUACCACAUAGAAGACUGUUUUUUUUUGCAUUUUUGUAUUUUUAGUACUGCUUAUUUUUUGUUACCUAAUUUUGUUAACUGAAUAAACUGAAUUAUAUAAAUAAAAACUAAUAGG